AUGACGUGGGUCGCAGCUCUCUGUCUGUGUUUGUGUUUGCGGUCCCUGGCGGGCCCCGUUCCAGCACACCGGGCGUCUGCUCGCAGUAAAUUGUUGCUCGUCUCUUUCGACGGUUUCAGGUGGGACUACGACAGGGAUGUGGACACGCCGCACCUGGAUGCAAUGGCGAUAGACGGGGUCAAAGCCACAUACGUGACCCCUGCGUUCAUUACCAUCACUAGCCCAACACACUUCACCAUCCUGACAGGUAAAUACAUUGAGAAUCAUGGAGUGAUUCAUAACAUGUGGUUUAAUACCAGCACGUGGGAGAAGAAGUCAUACUACAAAUCACAGUUUGUGAACGAAUGGUGGGACAAUGGCAGUUUGCCCAUAUGGGUCACGGCUCAGAGACAGGGUCUAAAGGCAGGUUCCCUCCAUUUUCCUGGGACAGCGUCUACUUAUCAGGGUGAAAGUGCCUCCGUAAGAGAGGUGGAGCCCGAAAACUACAAUUACAGCAACGAGACCGCCUGGCGAGAGAACGUAGAAAAGGUGAUGGAGUCCUGGUUCCGGGAUCAGGAUCUGGACUUUGUGUCUAUGUACUUUGGUGAGCCUGACAGCACCGGACACAAGUACGGACCAGACUCACCUGAACGCAGGGAGAUGGUCAAACAGGUGGACCGGACCAUCGGCUACCUGCGCAGCAUGGCCGAAAAAAACGGGCUGACCGACCGCCUAAACAUCAUCAUCACCGCUGAUCACGGCAUGAGCACCGUUUAUCGCAAUGGACUGGUGAAAGAAAUCAUCCUCUCUAAGAUUCCCGGCUUCUCGUUCAGCGAUCUGGCCUUCCAUAUUGUGGACUUUGGACCGGCCGGAUUGCUGCUUCCUAAAGAGGGGAAAAUCGAUAAAGUGUACAGCGCUCUGAAAGACGCUCACCCGCAUCUGCACGUCUACAAGAAAGAGGAAAUGCCCGCUCGCUUUCAUUUCAGCCACAACGACCGCAUAUUACCCAUCGUCCUGUGGGCCGAUCCGGGAUAUGUCAUCAAUGGGUAUCUGCCGGUGCAGUUCCAUAAAGGAGAACACGGCUUUGAUAACGAGGCUCUAGACAUGAAGCCGUUUUUCAGGGCGGUGGGACCAGACUUCCAGAAUAAUCUGGAGGUGGAUCCGUUUGAGACAGUGAACAUCUACCCACUGAUGUGCCAUCUGCUGGGAAUCACACCUGAGCCCAAUGACGGGCACUUGGAUGUCACCAGACACAUGCUGAGGGCAGAAGAUGAAGGCUCUGACAGAGAUAUUCUCACUAGUGUGUUUAUUGGUCUGGGGGCUGCCGCUGGUUUUCUGGUCAUUGUAUUUGUUGUUUUAUUAAGUCGUGGCAUUUACAAGCGCAGGAAGAACAAAAACAGUUCUGCAGAUGAGGGAAAAAUGUAUGAGAGUGAAACCGAAACAAAACAAACAACCUUUUAGACCCACAAGGAUAAAGGAAAACACACACACACACACAAAUGAUCUGUCCAAACGCAUGUGAUUUUCUGCAGGAUACAGAACAACUGUCGAGAAGAAUGAUGUUCACUGGUCAAAAUUAAUGAUAAUGUUUUGUAACUUCUAAUAUUCUAAAAUGUUAAAAUAUAUUUAAACUCAUUAUGUGUUUACAACUUCAUCAAAAUAUCAAAACAGUCCAAUAUUUAAAAAGCCUCAUGUUUUUCCCAUACAUUUUGUAAUAUUUUGUAGUUUUAAAAAUAUUCUGUUUAAAUAUUAAAAACCACUUUGUGUUACAUUUGUUAAUUUCAUUAAUUCAAUUCUUUGUAUGUAAUAAAACAUUUUAUUUAUUAAUUUUCUUUUUCCACUUAAUUAUAAUUCAAUACGAAAUACAACACUGAUCUGAUGUUUGCACGGUUGUUUUCCCUCCAAAGAAAAUGAUGUUACUUCCUGAUAUCCGGUUCUUGAAUAAAUGGUUCUUUUGAACCGGUUCUUGGUUCACUCAAUCGGGCGUCCGGGUCUCGAAUCAGUAUGUCACUAAAUUGAGAGAAUCGGUUCUCAACAUUUCACACACAGUUAAGUGCGAACUUAACGUUUCUUGGUUCAGUCUACUGUUGAAUCGAGAACUAUUGUUACGGAGUCAUUGAAUCAGUGUUCUGUGACUGAAUCACUGAAUCAGUGUUCUGUAAACGAAUCAUUGAAUCAGUGUACUGUGACCGAAUCAUUGAAUCAGUGUUCUGUAAAAGAAUCAUUGAAUCAGUGUUCUGUGACCAAAUCAUUGAACCAGUGUUCUGUGACCGAAUCAUUGACUCAGUGUACUGUGACCGAAUCAUUGAAUCAGUGUACUGUGACCGAAUCAUUGAAUCAGUGUUCUGUGACUGAAUCAUUGAACCAGUGUUCUGUGACCGAAUCAUUGAACCAGUGUUCUGUGACCGAAUCAUUGAACCAGUGUUCUGUAAAAGAAUCAUUGAACCAGUGUUCUGUGACCGAAUCAUUGAACCAGUGUUCUGUGACCGAAUCAUUGAACCAGUGUUCUGUGACCGAAUCAUUGAAUCAGUGUUCUGUAAAAGAAUCAUUGAAUCAGUGUACUGUGACCGAAUCAUUGAAUCAGUGUACUGUGACUGAAUCACUGAAUCAGUGUACUGUGACCGAAUCACUGAAUCAGUGUACUGUGACCGAAUCAUUGAAUCAGUGUACUGUGACCGAAUCAAAGAAUCAGUGUACUGUGACCGAAUCAUUGAAUCAGUGUACUGUGACCAAAUCAUUGAAUCAGUGUUCUGUGACCGAAUCAUUGAAUCAGUGUUCUGUGACCGUAUCAUUGAAUCAGUGUUAUAUGACCAAAUCUUUGAAUCAGUGUUCUGUGACCGAAUCAUUGAAUUAGUGUACUGCUGACCUGAAAAUGCAAGCGGAGUCCAGUUUGCGAACUGGUCAAAGUGGUUCAUUUCAAACAAGCGUUGGCAAAAGUAGACCCCUCUAAUUCUAGGAUUAUAUUAUUUCCGGUUCUUUGCUUGAUUAAUGUCUAUAAAAUUUUCUCAGUGUCAUUAUUCAAGUGAAGCACAGAGACAGCGAUAUCAGCCACAUGGUACCUGUUACUUUUCUCACCGCUGCUCAGGAUGGACCAAUCACAGACGUUCCUGAUCACUGGACGAGGAUAUUAACAAAUGUAAUUAGGGAGCUUGCUGAGCCAGAUUUCUAGAUCUCAGAUACCAAUUGAAAUUAAGAAAUUUAAUUUCUGGGAAGGCUAACUUUAGCUGUUUUCUAAAUUAAAUAUUAGCAUAUUACUUACUGAAUACUGUGCAGUAUAUAGUGUGUAAUGCCUGCUAUUGUUAAUGCAUUAUGCAACGUUCAUUUCAAGCAGUAGUAUGCUAAACUGUUGUCACAUCACCUCACUACAUUGCACAUUUAAUUAAGCAAGCACAGUCCACACAUACACAGCAUUAUAUAUAUAUAUAAUGGCUGGUCAUGUGAUCAUAACACCGCAGCCCCCAUGAGAGGACCCUUUCCAUGUAGAAUAAAACUGCUUUUAUAAGGUUACUGAUAUGACUGGAGUCAUCUUAUGCGAGUGUUCAUGUUUUUAGACAUGCGUUUCAAAAUUACAAUUCAUUUCUUUGAGUAAAUGUUUUUUUUUUUUUUUUUUACUGAGUGUCCUUUUAAAUUCACAUAUUUACCAAACACAUUUAAAAAAAAAAAAAAAAAAAAAAAAAAAUUUACAUUCCAAGCAAAUCACACUCAAUUCAACCAAACACGGCAAAAUUCAUAUCAAUCUUUAUUUGUACUUAGAAAUUUUGCGCAACAAAUCGUAUUUUUGUUGUUGUCCUUUUUCCUUGUAUGAUGUUUAUCAGGGCAGACUGACAGUCGAUGUGAAUCAUGUCUUGAAUCCUGCAGGAGCGGCUGAAACGGACCUCUUACAUAAAGUGCUUCUGUCAACAAAUGUUUUUUUUUUUGUUCUUUUUGCAAUAGAAAAAAUGAAACGACAGUGGAGGACAAAAAUUUCCAUUGCUCACAAGAAUAGUGAAGGAAGAGGGAAUACUUAAAAAAAAAAAAAAAAAAAAAAAAAAGAAAA